CGGCCCCAUGGCGCGGGGGGACGCUGGCCGCGGCGGCGGGCUCAUCGCGCUGACCUUCUGCCUGCUGGCCGCGCGCGGGGAGCAGCCGUUGCCCCGGAAGACGACCGUGUCACUGAGCUGUGGAGCAGGGCCGCUGCAAGUGAUCCUGGGCCCGGAGCAAGCCACGGUGCUGGACUGCGGUCUGGGGGCGGCUACUGCAGGACACCCCCCCAGCGUCACGUGGAGCAAGGAUGGAGGCGUCCUGCCCGAGCACAACCACCUUCGCCUGCUACCCAAUGGCUCCCUGUGGCUGUCCCAGCUGCCAGCUCCCGACGGCACUGACCCUGGGGCUUCAGAGGUCAUUGAGGGCAGCUAUUCCUGCCUGGCCCGCAGCCCCGUUGGAGUGGUGGCCAGCCAGGCUGCGGUGGUCAAGCUUGCCACACUUGCAGGCUUCUCCCUGCACCCGCAGUCUCAGACGGUGGAGGAGAACGGGACCGCUCGGUUUCAGUGCCACAUCAAAGGGCUGCCAGCACCUGUCAUUACUUGGGAGAAGGACCAGGUGACGGUGCCUGAGGAGCCUCGGCUCAUCACCCUUCCCAAUGGGGUCCUCCAGAUCCUGGACGUUCAGGAAGGUGACGCAGGCUCCUACCGCUGCGUGGCCACCAACUCAGCAAACCAGCGCUUCAGCCAGGAGGCCCUACUCCGCGUGGCCCACAGAGGGUCCCUGGCAUCCAUCGGGGGGCAGGACGUGGUCAUUGUGGCAGCCCCGGAGAACACCACCGUGGUGUCUGGCCAGAGUGUGGUGAUGGAGUGUGUGGCCUCUGCUGACCCCACCCCUUUCGUGUCCUGGGUCCGACAGGAUGGGAAGCCCAUCUCCACCGAUGUCAUCGUCCUGGGCCGCACCAACCUACUAAUCACCAGCGCGCAGCCCCGGCACUCUGGCGUCUACGUCUGCCGAGCUAACAAGCCCCGCACGCGCGACUUCGCAACCGCAGCCGCAGAGCUCCGCGUGCUGGCCGCCCCUGUCAUCUCGCAGGCGCCGGAGGCGCUGUCGCGGACGCGGGCGAGCACCGCGCGCUUCGUGUGCCGCGCGUCCGGGGAGCCGCGGCCCACGCUGCGCUGGCUGCACGACGGAGCGCCGCUGCGGCCCAACGGGCGCGUCAAGGUGCAGGGCGGCGGAGGCAGCCUGGUCAUCACGCAGAUCGGCCUGCAGGACGCCGGCUACUAUCAGUGCGUGGCCGAGAAUGGCGCGGGCACGGCGUGCGCCGCCGCGCCUCUGGCAGUAGUGGUGCGAGAGGGGCUGCCCAGCGCCCCCACGCGGGUCACCGCCACGCCGCUGAGCAGCUCCGCCGUUCUGGUGGCCUGGGAGCGGCCUGAGCUGCACAGCGAGCAGAUCAUCGGCUUCUCCCUCCACUACCAGAAGGCACGGGGCAUGGACAAUGUGGAAUACCAGUUUGCAGUGAACAAUGACACCACUGAGCUACAGGUUCGGGACCUGGAACCCAACACAGACUACGAGUUCUACGUGGUGGCCUACUCGCAGCUGGGCGCCAGCCGCACCUCCACCCCAGCACUGGUCCACACACUGGAUGAUGUCCCCAGUGCAGCGCCCCAGCUCUCCCUGUCCAGCCCCAACCCCUCGGACGUCAGGGUGGUGUGGCUGCCCCUGCCCCCCAGCCUGAGCAAUGGGCAGGUGGUGAAGUACAAGAUAGAGUACGGUUUGGGAAAGGAAGAUCAGAUUUUCUCCACCGAGGUGCCAGGGAACGAGACACAGUUUACACUGAACUCGCUUCAGCCCAACAAGGUGUAUCGAGUGCGGAUUUCGGCCGGCACAGGGACGGGCUACGGGGCCCCCUCCCAGUGGAUGCAGCACAGGACGCCCAGUGUGCACAACCAGAGCCACGUCCCUUUUGCCCCUGCAGAGCUGAAGGUACGGGCAAGGAUGGAGUCCCUGGUCGUAUCAUGGCAGCCACCCCCUCACCCCGCUCAGAUCUCUGGCUACAAACUGUACUGGCGAGAGGUGGGGACAGAGGAGGAGGAGGCAGAUGGCGAGAGCCCUCCAGGGGGCCGUGGAGACCAGGCUUGGGAUGUGGGGCCUGUCCGGCUCAAGAAGAAAGUGAAGCAGUAUGAGCUGACCCAGCUAGUCCCUGGCCAGCUGUACGAGGUGAAGCUCGUGGCAUUCAACAAACACGAGGAUGGCUAUGCGGCAGUGUGGAAGGGCAAGACGGAAAAGGCUCCCACCCCAGACCUGCCCAUCCAGAGAGGGCCACCCCUGCCCCCCGCCCAUGUCCACGCGGAAUCAAACAGCUCCACAUCCAUUUGGCUUCGGUGGAAAAAACCAGACUUCACCACAGUCAAGAUUGUCAACUACACGGUGCGCUUCAGCCCCUGGGGGCUCAGGAAUGCCUCCCUGGUCACCUAUUACACCAGCUCUGGAGAAGACAUCCUCAUUGGCGGGCUGAAGCCAUUCACCAAAUACGAGUUUGCGGUACAGUCCCACGGCGUGGACAUGGACGGGCCUUUCGGCUCCGUAGUGGAGCGCUCCACCCUGCCUGACCGGCCCUCCACGCCCCCAUCCGACCUGCGCCUGAGGCCCCUGACGCCAUCCACCGUUCGGCUGCACUGGUGCCCCCCCUCGGAGCCCAACGGCGAGAUUGUGGAGUAUCUGAUUCUCUACAGCGACAACCGCACCCAGCCUGAGCACCAGUGGACCCUGCUCACCACCGAGGGAAACAUCUUCAGUGCUGAGGUCCACGGCCUCGAGAGCGACACUAGGUACUUCUUCAAGAUGGGGGCGCGCACGGAGGUGGGGCCUGGGCCCUUCUCUGGCCUGCAGGAUGUGAUUACUCUCCAGGAAAAGCUCUCAGACUCUUUGGAUGUGCACUCUGUCACGGGCAUCAUCGUGGGCGUCUGCCUGGGCCUCCUCUGCCUCCUGGCCUGCAUGUGCGCUGGCCUGCGCCGUGGCCCCCACCGGGAAGCCCUCCCGGGCCUGUCCUCCACGGCCACUGCUGGGAACCCCACGCUGUACUCCCGAGCCCGCCUUGCCCCCCCCAGCCCCCCGGCUGCCCAUGAACUGGAGUCCCUUGUGCACCCCCGUCCCCAGGAUUGGUCCCCACCACCCUCAGACAUCGAGGACAGGGCUGAAGUGCACAGCCUUAUGGGUGGUGCCGGUCCUGACUGCCGGGGUCACUCCAAGAGAAAGAUCUCCUGGGCUCAGCACGGUGGGCUGAGCUGGGCAGGUUCUUGGGCAGGCUGUGAGCUGCCCCAGGCAGGCCCCAUGCCCUCUCUGACCCGGGCCCUGCUGCCCCCUGCUGGAACCGGGCAGACGCUGUUGCUGCAGGCUCUGGUGUAUGACGCCAUAAAGGGCAAUGGGAGGAAGAAGCCGCCCCCAGCCUGCAGGAACCAGGUGGAGGCCGAAGUCAUUGUCCACUCUGACUUCAGUGCAUCCAAAGGGAACCCUGACCUCCACCUCCAAGACCUGGAACCUGAGGAUCCGCUGCCUUCAGAGGCUGCUGACCUCACUCUGGGUGUUAUGGAUCUCAGGCAAGGGGCAGACUGGCUGGACAGGGAGCUGGGAGGGUGUGAGCAGGCAAGCCCCGGGCCAGACAGACUUACCUGCCUGCCAGAGGCAGCCAGUGCCUCUUGCCCCUACCCGGACCUCCAGCCCAGUGAGGCUCUGGAGGAGGCCCCAGGGAACAGCUGCCAGCCAAAGGCCCCCUGCCCUCCAGCAGCCAGCCCAGGCCUGCCCAGAGCCCCAGUCUCCUCCUCUGCUUAGCUCCCUCGAGGGCACAGUUUGGGGCAGGCUGGUAUGGAUCAUGGGACAUGACACGUGUGGCCACACAUGUACACGUGUCUGCCUGCAGGUACUGACCGUCAUCAAGCCAUUUGGAGCCUCCUACGGUGCUUUGGCUCAGGGGAGAGGAAGAAGUGGAUUAUUCGCUCUUCCCCACCCAUGCUCUGUGACACGUGUGGUAGGCGAGAGACACGUGAAGCACAGCUAUACGCGCUGUACACGUGUGAAGCGCAUGUGCGUGUGCUGGUUGGUGAGCUGGGAAACCUUGGCCCGGGCAGUGGUCACUACGGCCUACUCUGUCCUCCAGGUCAGGACAGUGCCCCAGCGUGGUCCGUCCCCAGCCCUGUGGGCCCCCACCUCCGUCACCCAGCCUUUUAUUACACACUCUGAGAGUGUCUCCAAUGUCCUGUCUGAGAGAGGCAGCCCCAGCCCACUUCCUGUCUGGCUGGGCUGAGUGCAAGCAGGCUCUGAAUGCCUAAUGCUUUAGCUGCAUCACCUCUGCCAUGUCCCCGGUGCCCAAAUUGAGAGGGUGACUCUGGCUCCCCUCAGAGCGACUCUGCAUCUAGUGUUGUAAUUGGGGAAGUGCCUGGUUCUGAAAAUCUGCUUUCUCUUGCUCUCCCCUCCUUCCUCCCCGCUCACUCCUCUAGUGUCUGUCUCCCAGUCCCCCUGCUCUCCCAAUCCUAGUGGCCUUCUCUUCCUCCCUGACACCCUUUCCUUUCCUCUCUGCGCUUUCUCUGUCUCCUCUUUCCGUCUGUCUCUGCUGUCUCUCCCACCUCUCCCACACUGUGUCAUGUGGUUCUCCUGCCUGGGUUCAAUCUCUGCAUCCUUCCCUAACAACAUGACUACCUCAUGUCUG